UCCGCACGCCGGGCUCGGCGACGGCCGGACGCGGUGGGCGACAGGAAGGCGGGUGAUUUGCCUAAGUGAAAGGGAAGAUAACUCGGAGAGCCCCGGCAACAGUUCCACGCAUGCGUACAGCGGGCUGGCUAGGAGCCGGGACAGCCGGGUCUGCGGCCCCGGCGGGGUACAGGAGACAGUCACUUCCCGGAAGAGGCGGGGCCGUGUGGAAGAAUGCGCCAAAUUCGAAAUGCUCCAGGACCUUUCCAGGUCAGGGCGUUAAGCCCCAAACGUCAGUCUUUGCUUGGGAAGGGAAAGAGGAAGGUUUCUUUUACUUUUUUUUUUUGAGAAGAGAAAAUUCAGAAACUUGGAGGCAGCAAUAGUUAGGGUUCAGGGCGAACUGGUAAAUGACGGAGGGGCGUCUUCCAAAACCAAGGAGAAAGGGCUGUCCCGUGUGUUUCAAAUAAGAGCAGAUAUCACCAGAAUGGGAGUGAAUGACUUGUGGCCAAUUCUGGAGCCUGUUAAGCAGCACAUGCACUUGCACAGUCUUGGUGGGAAAACCAUUGCAGUCGAUCUGAGUCUCUGGGUAUGUGAAGCACAGACAGUCAAAAAAAUGAUUGGAGCAGUUUUGAAGCCCCACCUCAGGAACUUAUUUUUUCGUAUCUCAUAUUUAAUGCUAAUGGAUGUAAAACUGGUGUUCGUUAUGGAAGGGGAACCCCCAAAGCUGAAAGCUGAUGUCAUAAGCAAGAGGAAUCAGAUGCGGUAUGGGCCUUCUGGAAAAACAUGGUCUCAGAAAACAGGGAGAUCACAUUUUAAGUCAGUCUUAAGAGAGUGCCUUGAUAUGCUGGAAUGCUUAGGGAUUCCCUGGGUCCAGGCUGCUGGGGAAGCUGAGGCCAUGUGUGCUUACCUCAAUGCCAAUGGCCAUGUCCACGGCUGCCUCACCAAUGAUGGGGAUGCUUUCCUUUAUGGGGCCCAGACUGUUUACAGGAAUUUCACUAUGAAUACCAAGGACCCACAUGUUGACUGUUAUACAAUGUCAUCUAUCAAGAGUAAACUAGGUUUAGAUAGAGAUGCUCUGGUUGGACUAGCAAUACUACUUGGCUGUGAUUAUCUUCCAAAGGGAGUCCCUGGAGUUGGAAAAGAGCAAGCUUUAAAACUAAUACAGAUUUUGAAAGGGCAAAGUUUACUUCAAAGGUUUAAUCAGUGGAAUGAAAAAUCUUGUUACUCUAAUCCACAACCACUAGUCAUUAAAAAACUGGCUCAUUGCUCUGUGUGUUCCCAUCCUGGUUCACCUAAGGAUCAUGAACAUAAUGGAUGCAAAUUGUGUAAAACUGAUCGAUACUGUGAACCACAUGAUUCUGAAUACUGUUGUCCUUGUGAGUGGCACCAUACAGAACCUGAUAGGCAACUGAAUGCAGUGGAGAACAGUAUUAAGAAAAAAGCUUGCAGUUGUGAAGGAUUCCCAUUCCAUGAGGUUAUUCAAGAAUUCCUUUUGAACAAGGAUAAAUUGGUGAAGGCAAUCAGGUACCAAAGACCUGAUUUAUUAUUGUUUCAGAGAUUUACUCUUGAAAAAAUGGAUUGGCCCAAUGACUAUGCAUGUGAGAAAUUGUUGGUGCUUUUGACCCACUAUGACAUGAUAGAAAGAAAGCUUGGCAGAAGGAACUCUGAUCAAUUACAGCCAGUUCGAAUUGUUAAAAACCGAAUCAAAAAUGGAGUUCAUUGCUUUGAAAUAGAAUGGGAAAAGCCUGAGCAUUAUGCUAUAGAAGAUAAAUGUGGAGAACUGGUUCUACGAACAAUAGAAGAAGAAUCAUUGUUUGAGGCAGCUUAUCCCGAGAUUGUUGCUAUUUACCAAAAACAAAAGUUAGAAAUUAAAGGGAAGAAACAACAAAGCAUGAAAAUUAAGCCUAAAGAAAACAAUUUGCCAGAAUCAGAUGAUAUGAUGAGUUUUCAGUCACAAAUGACUUUAAAACCCACAUGUGAAAUCACUUCUAAGCAGAAUUUCAAGUUACAUUUGGAAGUUUCCCCUGAUUCCAAAUUACCCCAGGAAUCUAUUUCUGCGUCAUUGAAUAGCUUGCUUUUACCUGAAGAUGCUCUUUGUUUGAAUACACAAGAGCUGUUAGUGUCUGCUCCAAGACCUUUGGCUAUGCAGCAAAUUAAAACUGUCAGUAAGUCUUUAAUUUCAGAAUCUAGUCAACCCAAUACCUCAUCUCAUAAUGUAUCGGCGAUUGCUGAUCUACACUUGAGCACCAUUGACUGGGAGAGUACUUCUUUUAGUAAUUCUCCAGCUACUCCAAGGAAUACUUUCUCUCGUGGUUUAAAAUCAGAACUUGAAACAGCCAUCCCUGAUAGCUUUAGAAAUAUCCCAAAACAAUUGCCAUGUGAAUCAGAAUGGUACACCACAAACAUCAAUAAAGUGUUGGACUGGGAUCUUCGAAAGUCUAAUCCUGAAGAGCAUCUGCUUUCUGGCAUUACUGAUUUACAUCUUCAGGAUUUGCCUUUAAAGGAACGAAUACGUGUAAAAUCAUCAUAUCCUCAGGAGAAUGUACAACCAGAUAUUGACCUAAAAUCUUUAUCCCUCCUUACCAUAAAAGAACAUUGUAUUGCUAACAGUAGUUCUGAUUGUCCAUCACAUCUUUCAAAGGAUAUUCUAGGAAUUCAUUUGCAAAAUGAAUCUAGAAACUCUAAAGUUCUAAAAGGAGACCAGCUGUUUCAAGAAAACUAUAAAGUGAGUACUUCUAUACCUUAUUCUGUCAAUAAUCCAAUAGUAAAGACCUCCAAUGUUAGAGUUAGACCACCAAAUACUGCCUUAGAUCAUAGUAGAAAAGUUGAUGUGCAAACUACUCAGAAAAUUGUGAUGAAGAAAAGCAUUUGCCUUGACAGACAUUCCUCUGAUGAAGAAAGUGUCCCAGUGUUUGGGAAAGCUAAGUAUGCAACUCAGAAAAUGAAGCGGAAUUCUCAGAAGCAUAACCCAGUGCAAUUCAAGAAAAAUGAUGUCAACAAGUUGACUAACUCUAAGAUACAUAUUAAAGAAACUGAACAGUGUGUCCAGGCUUAUAAAACAGCUAGAAAUGAAGAAAACUGUUUCCCAAUUGCAGCAAAAGAUUCUCUGAAUUUUCUACAGUGUCAUAAGGAAAAAGAAGAUUCUGGUGCUUCUUUGGAUAGUCCUCUUCCUUUACGUCAGAGAUUAAAACUGAGGUUCCAAAACACUUGAAAUGAAAUUUAAAAUAUUUAAAUAUAAGUUAGUAUUCUAGCACCAUCAGCAUUGACAGAGGCAGAAGGAAUGUAUCUAGUUAAUGUUUGGUAGAAAAAUGUAAUGUGAUUCUAUAUGUCAUGAGACUUUUGCCAUUUUAAUCAAAAUUGUAAUAAAAAAUGAUACCUAAAACUUUGGUUUUAAAAGAUGGUCUUUGUGAUGACAAUUUCAGAUAAUGUAUAUUUUUAAAACAUACUUUUCCCCUUUUUUAUAUUUUUAUUGAUUAUUUUUUAGUUAUAGCUUUUAAAUGUUAGGACAGUACCAGACAGAGUAAAUGCUUCAUUCAUUUGCUCAUUUUUACUCAUUUCUUACACAGGCCUCUGAAAUGUUUAUUUAUAUUCCAGCUUGUUCCCAAGAGGAUACUUCUUUAUAGUUGACUUCAUUCUCACAGUGUUUUCUAUUGUGCCUUUCCUGAGAGUUGUGUUUUCUCUCAAUGUGAAGAUAUUUCUAGUGUGCUCUUCCAGUUUUGGUAACCUUAUUCUCUUUUGUGAGGAGCAAAAAUGGAAAAGGAGAAGAUGAUCAAUAUAUGGAGCAAAACUUAUGGUUGUAAAUGGCUGAAUAAACUGAGGAAAGUUACUCCUUACAUAUCCCCAGAAAUUCACAGGUAUGCCAAAUGGAAAAAGGUUUGGAAAAUAGAAUGUACAACCAGAAGAGGAUUAGAAAUUUUCUUAGGAUCACACAGCUAAUGAAUAUUGGUGUGGGAACCAGAUUUCUUCCCUCUCAAUUCAUUGUUUUUUUUUCUGUUUUCUUUCUCUUCUAUAGCACUUUUUUCUUUGCUUUACUCUUGUUUUAAAAAUGAAUCUACAAUAUUGACUUCAAUACCUCCAAAUAUUAAGUUGUGCAUUAAUUUAUUUAGCACUCAAAAAUCCUAGAGGCAACUAGCUUGUAAAGAAAAAAGUAAAACUCUCUAUUUGCAGAUGACAAGAUCUUGUAUAUACAAAAUUCUAAGGAAUCCAGUUAAAACUGAUAAAUGAGUUCAGCACGUUGCAGGAUACAUGAUCAAUAUACAAAUGUCAAUUGUAUUUCUAUACACCUGUAGUGAAUAAUACUUAAUGACAUUAAGAAAACAAUUCUGUUUACAACAGCAUCAGAAAAAAUAAAAUACUUUGGAAUAAAUUUAACAAAAAAUGCAAAACUUAUACUCUGAAACUACAAAAUAUUAUUGAGAAAAAGAAAGAAAACCUAAAUGAAUGGAAAGACAUCCCAUGUUCAUGGAUCAGAAGACUUGAUAUUAAGAUGGCAAUAUUCUCCAAAAUGAUCUACAGAUUCAAUGCAGUCCCUGUCAAUGCCAGCUGAUUUCUUUGUAGAAACUGACAAGCUGAUUCUCAAAUUCAUAUGGAAAUUUAAGAGACACAAAUAGGCAAAACAAUCUUGAAAAAAAGAAACGGGUGGGGCUGGGCUGGUGGUGAAGUGGUUAAGUGCAUGUGUUCUGCUUCGGUGGCCCGGGCGUUGUAGGUUCAGAUCCCAGGUGCACGCUGACGCACUGCUUGUCAAGCCAUACUGUGGCAGCGUCCCAUGUAAAGUAGAGGAAGAUGGGCAUGGAUGUUAGCCCAGGGCCAGUCUUCCUCAGCAAAAAGAGGAGGAUUGGUAGAUGUUAGCACAGGGCUGAUCUUCCUCAAAAAAAAUAAAUAAAUAAAUAAAAUGGGAGGACUCACUUUCUGAUUUUGAUUUCAAAACUUACUACAAAGCUACAGUAAUGAAGAGUGUGUUGUAAUAGCAUAAAGAUAGACAUAUAGACUGAUGGAAUAGAAUUGAGAGUCCAGAAAUAUGCCCUCACAUUUAUAUUCAAUUGAUUUUCAACCAGCGUGCCAAGACAAUUCAAUGGGGAAACAAUAGCCUUUCAGCAAAUGCUACUAAUACAACUGGAUAUCCACAUGCAAAACAAUGAAGUUUGAACCCUACCUCAUACAAUAUACAAAAAAUAACUCAAAAUGGAUCAAAGACCUAAAUGUCAGCUAAACUAUAAAACUCUUAGAAGAAAACAUAGACAUAAAUCUUUGUGACUUUGUAUUAGGCAAGGGUUUCUUAGAUAUGAUGCCAAAAGCACAGGCAAUAAGAAAAAAAAAUAGAUCAAUUAGACUUCAUCAAAACUAAAACUUUUGUGUUUCAGAGAACACCACCAAGAAAAUGAAGAGAUAACCCAUAAAAUGGCAGAAAAUAUUUGCAAAUCAUAAUUGUGUUAAAGGACUUAUAUCUAGAGGGUCUUGUAUAAAGAACUCUUACAACUCAAUAAUAAAAAAAAAUAAGAAUGCAUAAAGUAUCUGGAUAGACAUUUCUCCAAAGAAGAUAAAUAGCCAAUAAGCACAUGAAAAAAUUCUCAACAUCAUUAGUCAUCAGAAAAAUGCAAAUCAAAACCACAAUGAAAUACCACCUUAUACCCAAUAGGAUGGCUAGAAUCAAAAAAGCAAACAAUAACAAGUGUUGGUGAGAAUGUGGAGAAAUUAGAACCCUUAUAACCUGCUGGUAGGAAUGUAAAAUGGGGCAGCCACUUUGAAAAAACUCUGGUGGUUCCUCAAAAGGUUAAACAUAGUUAAUAUAUGAUCCAGCAAAUCCACUUCCAGGUAUAUACCCAAGAGAAAUGAAGACAUACAUUCACACAAAAACUUGUACACAAGUGUCCAUGGCAGCGUUAUUCAUAAUAGCCCAGAGAUGGAAACAACCCAAAUAUCCAUACUGAUGAAUGGGUAAACAAAAUGUGGUAUAUCAAUACAAUGGGACAUUGGCAAUAAAAAGAAAUGAAGUACUGAUAUGUGUUACACCAUGAUGAACCUUGAAAACUAGGUGCUAAAUGCUAAGUGAAAGAGGCCAGUCACAAAAGACCACAUAUUGUAUGAUUCAAUUUAUAUGAAACGUCCCAAAUAGGCAAAUCGAUAAUCUGUAGAAACAGAAAGUAGACUCAUGGUUACCAAGGGCUGUGGAGAGGAGGGGAGGUUGAGGAGGGAGAAGAUGAAUGACUGCAAAUGGGAUGGGUUUUUUGGGAAGUAGGUGGAUGAUGAAAACGUUCUAAAAUUAAUUGUGGUGAUAGUUGCAAAACUCUGACUAUACUAAAACCAUUGAAUUGUGCAAUUUAAAUAGAUAAAUUCUAUGGUAUGUGAAUUAUAUCACAAUAAAGCUAUUAUUUUAAAAAUAAAACAAAUAUAGAGAGUUUUACCUGUUCAGACUUUUUUUUAAUAUAUAUGUAAUCUAACCUCACUCCCACAUAUGCACUGGCAUCAUUUUAUAGUUUAGAAAACAAAUCCAGAGAAGUGAAGACAUUUUCUCAAGACUGGAAAUAAAAUUUUGGUUUAUUAAUCUAGUGUUUAUUACAUUAUGCCAUGUUGUAAAAUUAGACUGAAAUUUGAAAUACUUUUAAAUUUUUGUGUUUUCUGAAGUUGUAACUUUGUUCUUUGAAAAUGCUGCUAAAGAUACAUAAGAUGCUUAGAAUCAAGCUUAACUUUGUUUUAGGAGAAUGUCGUGUUUGUUGAGCACUUAUAUAUAAAAACCUGGGCAAGGGGAAUCCUAAAUCAAGACAGUCAGUCCUCUGCUCUCAAGGAACCCACCUAACCUUACGGAACUAUGUUUUGUAUAUUAAUAUUUUGUCCCUUUUCAUUGCAGAAUAGUAUGACAUGGUAUUAAUAUACCACAAUUUUUUUACCCAUGAAUUAGUUGAUGGAAAAUAGAGUUGUUUUCACAUUUGGGUUGUUGUGAAUAGUGUAGCCAUGAAUAUUCAGAUACAAGCCUUUAAGGAGACACACAUUUUUACUUCUCUUGGAUAAAUAUCUAGGAAUGAGAUUGCUGGUUCAUAUGACCAGCAUGUGUUUAAUUUUUUGAGAUACUGUCACACUCUUCCAAAAGGGCAGAACCAUUUUGUGUUCCCGCCAGCAAUAUAUGGGAGUUUCAAUUAUGCUACUUGAUCACUGAAGCUUAAUAUUGUCAAUCUUCUUCCUUUUAACCAUUCUAAUAGGUAUAUAGUGGUAUCUCCUUGUGGCUUUAUUUGCAUUUUCCUGAAAACUGGUGUCAUUGAGUAUCUUAUGUGCAUAUUGGCCAUUCAUAUAUCUUCUUUGGUGGAAUUCUAAAUUUUUUUUUGCCAAUUUUUAAAUUGGGUUGAUUGUCUUCUUGUUAUUAAAAUGUAAGUGUUCUUUAUUUUUUCUGGAUAAAAGUCCUUUGUCAGAUAGGUCUUUUGCAAAUAUUUUGUCCGAGUCUGGCUUAUCUUUUCAUUUUAACUGUGUCUUUCAAAGAAUAAAACAUUUUUAAUUUUGAUGUCUAUUUUAUUAAUUUUUGUUUUCAGUGGCCUGUUUAAAAUAUCUUUGUCUAACCCAGUCUCCCAACUAUUUUUUCUUUGUUUUUUUCUGUAAGUUGAAUGGUUUUUACUUCUUAUAUUUGGGUCUAUGAUUUAUUUCAAGUUAACUUUACGUACAAUGUGAGGUAAGGAUUGAGGAACAUUUUUUUCCCCAUAUAGAGAUACAGUUGUGCAAGAGCAAUUUGUUGAAAAAACAUCUUUUCCCUCAUUGAAUUGCCUUGGCUCCUUUGUUGAAAAUCAGUUGACCAUGUAAGGGGGGGUCUAUUGCUGAACUCUAUUUUUUCAUCCAUUUCUAUGUCUAUCAUUAUUCCAAUACCACACUGUCUUGGUUGCUUUAGCUUUAUAGUAAAUCUUGAAAUGAAGUAAUUUAUCUUUGUUCAUUGUCUAUAUUUUCUGGUCAAGAUCACUAAUUGGCCUCCGUGUUACUAAAGCUAAUAAACAAUUUACGGUCUUAAAUUUGCAUUU